UUAAAUAUAACCUCACUUUUUGCCCACGUCAACAACUUUUACUUUAUGAAUUUAAAUAUAUACGAUUUUUAUACUCCAAUUCGCAAUUUUUUUUAUUGAAAAUUUGCAAUUUUAUUAUUAUAACCGCUAUACGUGUAUAUAAAUAAGUAGGAACAGUGGCUCGGUAAUACUUGGACAAUGCAAAAUUUUCGAAAAUGUUUUUAUUUCGGAGCAAACUUUUUAUAAAGUACACAAUUUGUAUACUUUAUGUGAUUGUAAUUUUAUUAAUUGCUCAACGCAUUUUUAGAGUAAGUGAUGACAAUUAUAUUAAUGCUAUAAGUAAUGAGAAGGCAGAUGUUUCCUAUAUUAAUGGAAAAUUUAUUGACGUUGAAAGUAAAACAAAUGAGGAAUAUCGCAGAUACGAAUCGUGGAUAUUGAAUUACGAACGUAAUGUUGUACCAGGAAUGGGAGAAUAUGGAGAACCUUCUUUUUUAUACGGGGACGAAAAGGUUAAAGGAGAUUUAGCGCUUAAGAAAAAAGCAUUAAAUACUGUUCUUUCUGAUAGAAUUUCCUUGAAACGAAAAUUAGCGGAUCCACGAAAUCCAUUAUGCAAAAAUGUGACUUAUGAAACUUCAUUACCAAGUGCCAGUAUAGUAAUUAUUUUUUAUAAUGAACCAUGGAGUGUCCUUUUGAGAACUGUUCACAGUGUCCUUAGAAAAUCCCCACCAAAAUUAUUGAAAGAAAUUAUUCUUGUUGAUGAUUGCAGCGAUGAAGAGGGACUACAAAAAAGACUGAGUUAUUAUAUAGCGACGAGAUUUCCAAAGAAAGUGAAAAUUAUUCGAUUAGAGGAAAGAAUGGGUUUGAUUCGAGCACGAUUAAAAGGAGCGGAAAUUGCAACAGGAGAUGUUUUAAUAUUUUUGGACGCUCAUUGUGAAGUGACAAUUGAGUGGCUCGAACCGUUACUGCAACGAAUUAAGAAGAAGAGCAAUGCAGUACUAACGCCUAUAAUCGAUAACAUAUCGGAAGAAACUUUAGAGUAUUUACACGAUAACGAUCCUUCAUUUUUCCAAGUCGGAGGUUUCACCUGGUCCGGGCAUUUUUCAUGGAUCGAUAUUCAAGACAAGGAUGUGAAAUCUCGUUCGUCGCCAAUUUCGCCAACAAAUUCGCCAACAAUGGCCGGUGGACUGUUCGCCAUUAAUCGUAAAUAUUUCUGGAAUAUUGGAAGUUACGACGAUCAAAUGGAUGGCUGGGGUGGUGAAAAUUUAGAAAUGUCCUUCAGGGUAUGGCAAUGUGGAGGAACACUCGAGACAAUUCCCUGCUCCCGAGUUGGACACAUUUUUCGAAAUUUUCAUCCAUACAAAUUUCCAAAAAAUAAAGAUACUCAUGGAAUUAAUACCGCGAGACUUGUUCACGUUUGGAUGGACGAUUAUAAACGUUUAUUUUAUUUAUAUCGCGAGGAAUUUAAGGAUAAUUUGUCAGCCAUUGGAAAUAUUAAGGAACGAAUGAAAUUACGUAGAAGACUCAAGUGUAAAGAUUUCAAAUGGUAUCUCGAUAAUGUUUAUCCGGAAAAGUCAAUUCCAGAUGAAAAUGUUAUUGCCUAUGGAAGAUUGAAAGUUAAAAGUAGAAAUUUGUGCCUGGAUAAUUUACAACGUGAAAAUGAUGAUAAUUCUUAUAAUCUAGGAAUGUAUGGAUGCCAUGCUAAAAUUUAUCCCAGUCAGCUUUUCUCGUUGAAUAACGAUGGGGAAUUAAAGCAAGAUGAAAUUUGCGCUUCGGUCAAUGAGGAUUUCAUGAGAAAUAAAACUUCAAAAAUAAUAAUGAAACGUUGCUCAAAAAGUGAAGGCAGUAGUGACUGGAUGCUAUCGGAGGAAGGAAAAAUUAUUCACUUAGGAACUGGUCUUUGUCUCGACGCAUCUGGCGUUCAAGCAGAACAAGAUGUUUUUGCAUCGGAAUGCACCGAUAAAAGGGACCAAUUUUGGCAGUUUGAUUUCUACGGUGACCAUCCAAUUCCUAGGUAAUAAAUAGAAUCUAUCUUCUUGUUGCUCAGGAAUUCGUAACAAAAAAAAAGAGUCAUUUUUUAUGCCUCCCAAAAUUGCUCUUGAUAAUUACUCAAAUUUUUAUAUUCCAUUAAAUUAAUUUUAUUACAUAUUUUUUAAAUUUAAACUAAAUCUAAGAAAUAUCAAAUAUCUAUGAUAAUUUUCGAAAAAAAUUUAUAAUUCAUUACUAAUUUUAAAAUUAGUAAAAAUAUCUUAGAUAUUUAAAUAAUAUAAAUAUUCUCAGUAUUUUAAAUAUAUUUUCAAAACGAAAAAAUAG